AUGUCGCGCGAGCCGGGCGGCUUCCGCUCGCGAACGAACGGGUCUGGAGGUUACACCAAUGGCUACGGCUCCCGCGAAGGUGGAUACGGCGGUUUUGGAGCUGCAGAAGACGACUACUCCAGGCGGCCCAGCGCUGACAGACCCAGACCUAGUGCAGAGAGACCAAGCGGGGAGAGGCGUCGCCGACCAGGUGGUUAUGGUGGCUAUGGAGGCUUCUCGCAGGAAGAUGAGGAAGCUCCCCAGGUGCAACGGCCCACCAGUCUCGAGCGUUCGCGAGCAAAUAGGAGAAGCGGCGAGGGAAGACCGCGAAGCGCAGGCGCAGGUGGUCCGGGGAGCAACUAUGGCCCAGGAAGCCAGCAGAUGGAGGAGGUGCUCAAAUACAUCAAACAAAAUUGGGAAUUCAUGACGUCGGAGAACUGCGUGCCCGUUGAGGUUGCGUUGAAGCUCAUGGACUCCAGCUCGCUGGGACUAGCGGGGCAGUAUCGCAGCUUCCAGCAGACCCACCAGGACAUGCAACGCGCUCUCAAAGCCAUAGUCAACGAGCACCACCAAGGCUUUAACAGCUCUAUCGGUACUUUCCACAAGAUUCAGUCCAGCUUGCAGUCUUCUCAGGUGCGUGUAAGGACACUCAAAGAAUCUUUAACGCAAGCGAAAUCACAUCUAUCAACAACUAAACCGGAGCUGAAAGAGUUUGCAACUUCCUCGCAGAACUACGACGAGAUGAUUCAAGUGCUGAACAUCAUCGAACAACUGCAGCUCGUCCCCGAUAAGCUGGAGGCCCGCAUUUCUGAGAAACGUUUUCUGACAGCUGUCGACAUUCUGCAAGACGCCCUGCGGAUGAUUCGAAAAUCCGAGAUGGAAAAGAUUGGCGCUCUCAGCGAACUUCGCACAUACCUAAGCAACCAGGAACACUCACUGACUGAUAUCCUUCUGGAAGAACUUCACAAUCAUUUGUACCUAAAAUCGCCAUAUUGCGAGGACAGAUGGAAGGUGUACGCCCAGAAUCAGCCCAAAGGUGACGGGGCGGAACGUGGCCAGGGACAUGCACGUGCGCGGAGACUCUACGAGUUCCUGUCUGACCUGGAUACAUCCGAACCAAUGGUUGAUGAUUCGCAACGUAACCCAGAAGCCGAUACCUUCGAGUAUGUUCGGCUUAUCGUAGAAUCGCUCAACAAGAUGAACCGUCUCGACAUUGCAGUAGACACAAUACAUGAGCGGCUUCCAGUUGAGCUGUACAGGGUGGUUGAGAAGUCUAAUAAUGAAGUUGCGCAGCGCCAUCCUAGCAUAAUACGUGCGUAUGCUGCGAGGAAGGAAGAAAAGCGCACCGUCGCCGCUGAAAGUGACGAACUACGCGCAGGUGUUCUCAAUGACCUACUUUGGACCCUGUAUGCACGGUUCGAAGCCAUCGCUGAGAGUCACCGAGUUGUGUACGACAUAGUCACUGGCAUUGUUCGCAGGGACGGCAUCCGGGAUUCUAAUAGCACGCCGCUUACGCGUGGAUUCAAAGAAUUAUGGAAGUUGUUCCAGAAUGAGAUUCGAUCUCUGCUUCAUGACUACCUCGCCACGGACGGUGACUUUGGCGGUGGCCGUGGACAAGGCAAGGCCGCCAGUGGAAGCGCGUAUUCUCGCGCACCACGCGACAGGAACAAGCGGAUGUUUAAGCUCUCAGACAUGGACACAAAAUCAACGGAGCUUGCGGAGGAGCGCGAUAAUCUCGAGUUUAUCCUAAAAUCUUCGGUGCCUGGUCUCGUCUCUGACUCGAAGCAACCAGAAGAUGUGUCCAACAACGCCAGCUCCAGCCUUGAUGGUAGUGCCACAGGACAUAAGCUGCUAGUCCAACCGAGUGUGUUCAACAUGGGCAUUCUCUUACCGCCUUCCCUUGACUUCUUGAACCGCUUGAAGGAAGUUGUACCAUCAGGCUCAGACAUCGUCAUAAGUACUCUACACUCAUUUCUUGACGACUUUCUCGUUAAUGUAUUUCUCCCUCAGUUGGACGACACGCUCAAUGAGUUAUCAGACAAGACUUUCGUAGAGCUAGACGCUUUCCAAGAGGAUCCGCAAUGGUCGCAAUGCUCCAAGAAGCCCAUCUUCCGGGGAACAGUCAAAUUUUUCAACCUGAUUACAGCUUUCUGUAAGAUGCUUGAUAACCUUCCCCACGACCAGGCCUUCUCGCAACUUAUUAUAACGCAAAUGAGAACCUAUGGUGACAAAUGUGUCGGCAACUUCAAAGCUAUGAUGGCCAGAGGUCAACCAAAAGGACCAGCGAAUGAGCUGCUGAAGGCGUCUGCAGCUUAUGCCGAGUUCGAAGGCGAGAUAGGAGAGGUUAUUGGUCAGCUUUUCGAAGCAGAUGCCGACACGAAAGCUGAGCUUACCAAUACGGAAACCAAGUUGAUCAUCGCUGCAACUGAAGAGUCUCCACUCGAUCAACAAGAUAUCAUCCUAGAGAAGAAGACGAUUCAAACUCUAUGCCUGUUAUACACCAGCAUGAAAUGGCUUGCGACCAAGGUAUCUCAACUACGACACAUUAGCAAUCGUGCCACAGAUUCGUCAAAGCCGCAGAUCAGUGGUCAACGCCAUAACAGACGAUGGACGUUCAUCGCUGAAUCAAGAACAGAGGGUACCGCGGUCUAUUUGCCGCUCAAUCAAGAAACCGCUGGCCAACUAGAUAUGGUCGUAGACACCUACCGCAAACUCGCCACCCUCAUCCACCGCGUGCUACACGUCAACCUCCGUCUCACAACCAUGCACUCCCUCUUCUCCACCAUACAACCUUCCUACAGCCUCGACUCGCCCCUGUCAGACCCCGACCCCGCCAUCCAAACCCUCACAACCACCCUCACCACCUACGAGGCCGAGAUGUCAACCUACCUCCCACCGACCCAAUAUACACAGAUCAUCGCCGGCCUUGCCCCGUUCACGGAUACAUACCUCCUACACUUGUGCAUCCAACGCAUCAAAUCCAUGAACGAAGACGGUUGUCGCCUGAUGCAGCUCAACAUCCUAGUCCUGCAGCAAAACCUUAAGAACAUCGAGAGCGAUGCGAAUCUCCAAUACUCAGCUCUAUACUUCGACCUGUUCACCGAAGGCCCUGAGGCUGUUGUUACCAGGGCAAAGGAGCAUGGGAAGGGGUACGGAGUCCCGAACGGUUUGUUUACGGAACAGGUAGUGAAGGAUUUGUUGAGGCUGUGCUAUGGGGACAAGCUGAAGAAUGAGAGGAGGGAGGUGGGUGUGCAGGCGCAGAGGCAGCUCGAGGCACAGGAGUUGGAGAUUAGUGAGUAUAUGUACUAG